UCAAUUUAAAUUAAUGAAGAGUUACGUAGAUACUCUCUUAUUUAGUCGUCACUGGAAUGACCAUUUAAAUAGGUCAAGUAUUUUGAAGGGUAAAUUUAGUGCUGCAGAAAGAGAAAUGAUAAAUAAAACAGUAAAGAGUUAUAUACAAUCCCAGGGGUGGAGCUUAGAAGAUGGAUUAAUAAAUUUAUUUUGUUCCAAAGGUGGUAAAAGAGAUAGACAUUGGCCAAUAAUAGGUGAAUGUCUUCCUAAUCGUUCAUUACAAUCAAUAUAUUAUUGUGCAAAACGUAUGAUGGGAAGUGGUAAACGAGGGAAAUGGACUAAAGAAGAAGAAAAUGAACUAGUUGAAUUAGUAAGACAAUAUGGAACGCAAUGGAGUAAAUUUUCAGAAAUCAUAGGUAGAUCUGCAGCUACUAUUAGAGAUAAAUGGAGAGAUUUAGCUCCUAGAUUAGAAUAUCUAACAGAUAACAAAUUAGAUAAAGUUGAAAAUAUAACUAAUAAAGAAGAUGAUAUACAAACAAUAUUUUCAAAAUCUAGAUUCCCAUUAAUUGUAGAUGUAUUUAUGAUUUAUUGUAUUGAAUAUUAUACAGGGAAAUUUCUACCUCAUAGAGGGAUACCUUGGAAAACAAUUUUAUCUUAUUUCAAUACUCCUAAUUUUCCUAUAAAAUUUUUAAAAUUCUGGAAAAAAUGUAUUAAAUAUUUAAAACAUAAAUAUAAUAUUCGUAUAAAAAGUUUUGAUGAUAAUGAUCUAAGUUAUUAUAGUUGUAAAUUAAGUGAAGGUCAAAUUAGACUUAGAUAUGUCUCAACCUUAUAUCCUAAAUUAUUUUCAAUAAAUAAUGGAGAAGAUAAUUGUAAAUUUGUCAAUUUAUUUAGUAGAGCAGUCAAAUAUAUAUAUGAAACACGUGAACAUUAUACAGAAUUGAAUGAUAUUAAGCAUAUAGAUUGGAAUAAAGUUUUACCAAGUAAAUUUCCAUUAACAAAUCUUUGGUCAAGGAUACGUUUAGCAAUUAGACGAACAACUAAUAAGAAUCAACCAAUACAGGAUAGGAUUAUCACUUUAUAUGAGAAAUUACAAAAUAAAAAAAGUUUAGAUAAUGAAAUGGAAUUACUUGAUUUAUCACAAAGUACAGUUGAGGAUGAGGAAGAAUAUGAAGAAAAUGAGAAAGAACAUCAUAAUGUUGAUACAAAAAGGCUUAGAAGAGUUAUAACAAAACUUGUUCAAUUAACAGAAAAAAAUGAAAGGAAUAAAGAAAAUAUUUUUUGUUCAAGUAAUUUUAAUAAUUAUAGUUCUUUACAAAAAGUAAGAUUAAUUAGUGGUAAUAAAAGAAGCCGUGAUUUUUUAGAAAAUCCCGAUAGUGGUGAAUCUAGAAGUGAUCAUUUUUAAAUAUAUUUAAGAAAACAUACUCAAUAUAUGUCAUUUAUUAUAUAUAUCUGGUAUUAUUUUUAUUUUAAUUUAAUAUAUUAAUCAGCUAUAUUAAAUAUAAAGAAAAGUACAUGUUAUGAACUUUAGGUAUUAUAUUUAUAUUUAUUUUUUUCCCACUAAUAUACUAUCUAAUAGUUUUGUAAUAUUUAUAAUAAAUUUGAUAAUAAGUAAGAUUCUUACUAAUAAUAAUUUAUAAUAAGAAUUUCUUUACCUUAUUUAUUUUAAAUAUUUAAAAUAGGGAUAUACUUUGUAUUGAGAUCUGAGGUCAAAAACGACCCCGAUGGGACUCGAACCCACGACCUUUGGUUCCGAAGACCAACGUCAUAUCCAUUAGACGACGAGGCCCUAUCACUUCGAGUUCCCAUCAGGAUUAUAUUAAAGACUUUGUGAAUAAAAUAUUAAGGGAUAUAAGACUUUCUAUUGUAUUUCUAUAUAAUUUA